GCUUGACAGUCGACACUAAUUAAGGAGUCAGGGAUUGUCUGGAGGCCGGGCAGUCUACGCUAGGAUUGACUUUCAUCCCUGCCACUGUGGCGUAUCCCCGUCAACGACGCUAUGCCGGUGAUUAACGGCGAACACUGUAAUACCCCAGCUAAGACAGCGAGAAACGGACAGCCUGGAGAUCGAUCAGUACAUACAUAUUUACACAUACCCUAGGCACUCAAACAGCACCGAAUUACGGUAACAUGAAAUAGACGGUGUCCCGAGUCAUUAUAAGUUAAGCCCAAGGACUGAAACACUGAAUACAUAUUUGGUUGUCCUAAAACGGUGGUUGAGUGUUUGUCGACAUUGAUGCAACUUGUUAAUCGGGCCACUACAUCAAAGCAUGGAUGAGUAUGAUGCUGGCUUAUCAUCAACUGUGCCCAAACCUAAAGUAUCCGACCUAGACGUGUAAAAUGGAUAUACCAUCUCGAACUGGCUGCGCCGCUGUCCCGUGGAGAUACGUCGACUUGGGACCUAAAACAUACAUCUUAUUAUUAUGAAGACAUCGUGAUACAUAACAACAACAGAAAUAGCCAUAACGCACCAAACAAAGGCUUGAUCGUUCAAAGCGUUCAUAGACAUAAUAUUUAGUUUGGUGUUUUUGAAGAUUUGAAUCUGCCCAGCGGUUGUAGAUAGGAGUAGUAUCAUUGUGUGGACGCGUUCCUGUGGGCUUUUAAGCCUUUAAACAUUCAUCUACAUUACACAUGACAGACAACGCCGGAUUGUCGGAUAACGUCAGCACAAUGACCGAGGUUUCGGGAUUAAGAAGCCCUUCGAAAUCUCGGCCUCUGGGAGAAGUCAAAGACAAUAUAAUUUGCUUUGACGAAGACAACCAGAUACAACGGCCUACUACUAACUCGUCCCGGGAGGGACGCCGUCGCCGCACCGAAAGGUACAGCUUUCGGCGGAUGAAGGAGAUGCGCGAAAGUCUACGUCAAGCAGCGCUGAUAAAUAUAGUGGCAGCAGUUAAUGACGAGUAUGAAGAUACAACUACACCAAAGAGAUCUCAGUCGGCUGUAGACCCGUUCACAAACACUAUGGCCGUUCUAUCGAACCUCGUGUUGAAUAAGGACAGGACUAUAUCUAUCCCUAAGCAGCAAGUGUUCAAAGAGGCUCCCCAGAAGUUUUCUAUAAAGAAACCACUGUUUUAUAAAAAUUCUGCAGACGAACCUUCUCCCGACGAAGAUGAAGAUGAAAUCGAACAGAGGAGGCGGAGUAUAUCCUUGUCCCGUACACGUACCGCUGUGGGGGAUACCCCACCGCAUGCGGCCAAAACGGAGAACAUCUCAAUAUCCGUGCCUCUUCAUCAGAUCAGCGAGGAGAGCAAGGAGGAGAGUCCGGACAAGGAGUGGAUAGAUAGUCCGGCCAAGGUCAGGAUAGCAAGGUCAUGGACACCGCGGCGGCGUUUUGUGUCACUGAACAAACGUAACGAUACACGGAUUACGACUAGUAUAGCGAAGUGUGAUGCUGUAGACAUUUACGAAUCAACCGACACUUUUAAUGGGAGCUACGUCACAAAUUGUGUGCCUCCCCAACACCGCCCUAACUCGUCAAAUGACCUCAGUAUGUACCGUGCCAAAUCACUUCCCUCCAUAUUUCCGGUGAAAAGACGAAAGUCUUGCGCGUUGCAGGAUUCUCCUCAGAUACUGACUAACAAUGAAAAGGUGAAGGUAACCGCUCCGUUUAAGCCACCGGUACAAAAGACAGUAAGAGAAAACAGUAUAGCGGCAGACAACCCAAUAUUGUCAAGGAAUAUACAGAAACUGUCAUUGGGAUCUACUAUCAAUGGGGGUAGUAAAAAGUCGGACAGCAAACCUAGUAGCGGAGGAUUCACAUAUCCAGAAGAACAGACAGAAAGUCUACCGACCCUUCAACAGGUAGAUCCUUCCAUGUCCCUAGAGUGUCGGUCACUUACCAUGACGUCACAGAUGAUGGGCGGAAGUUCUGUAAAGAAUAAAAGAAUAAGUACGAACACUCCAGCUUUUAAAAUAUCGGAACAAGUUCUUACAAAUGAACGAGACGUGAUGCGGGAAAUAGACUGUCAGUUCGAGGAACUUCAAAAACGGAUAUCUAGGAAGAUUCUUAAUUGGAGCGACAGAAAAACUGGACCGCCACCCUCCGCGAACCAACAGGAUAUAGUGGUGUCUGGCUACAACGUCCUCGGCAAGGACGUCGGGAUGAAAUCUAGUCUAAGUAGUGCUCAAAGCCGUGGCACUAAUAAUUCUAUGAGGGGGCUUAAACGGGUCAAAUUCGUGGACGAAGAAACAAGCGGUUAUGAGGAUGGCCGGAGUAUAGUCAGUAGCUCGGUGUUUUGGGACGAUAACGAGAGGGCCGCCAUUAGGGCACAGGGCGUGGCUAAUAAGAUGCAUGAACCAGUUCGACCAAUAAAACCCAUGUCUACGAACGAACUAAUCCGUCUCAAGAAACGUCUUAUGCCGGGGCAUUACAACAUGGCAAAUAAACAUGCCAGGUACAACAUACUUGACAAUAACAGUAUUCGUAUUUCGGGCAUGCGCUCUCGUCGAAGCACGUCGACCGCGACCAGUUUUACUUCCUCUCAGUCUGACCGACGAUCCCUAGUGUCCGAAACAGACCUUGCUAGUUUUGACGGGUUCGCGGAAUUCAGUGCUAAUCGGGAACUUGAUGCCACAAACCGGAACAGUUCCAAGGUACCAAAGAGUUUUGGUAUGUCCUCGUUUUAUCCCGACUCUCAGAGUCUGUACGUGGGCAGAGGCGAAUAUGGUGUGGAUGAAACGACAGAUACGGAGGACGAAGAUGGCGAAGACGAUGAUGAAGACGAUAUGGACGAUAUUCGCAUGGGGGACGAAAGUUUUCGGGUUCUAAAAGCUAUUGACUUAGGAACUCUGUCUGGCUACCAAAAUAGACGUUUUAAGAAACCAAGCAUAAAAGAGACCGCCACUACUCAGCAUUAUGUGAAAAUUAAGAUGAAAUGAACAGUCGACUGCAUUCUUUUUGAUAGUUGUAUCGUGUAAACAACGAAUUUGGUUACAAAACUUCUCGCAACAUUGUUAUAUAUCACCAGACAGCUUCGCUGUAUAACAGACAAAGAAAGCUGGCGACCAUUUCAUAUGCCAUCUUGUUCUGACCAGGAUAUUGCAACUUAUGGUGACAUGUUUCGCUACACCGGAUGUGAUGUACGCAUAUCAUUCCGACCAUGAUACGAAUUCAAUGGAGAUUUACAAAUUUAUAUGGUUUUCUAAAUGCAGAUUCGUGUUCUCGUCGCUAUCAAGUAUAUAACUACUAACACGCCCAGGUAAAAAUACAAGUAAUUCACUUAGCAGACGGUCUUCCUUUUUUACCCGUGUGGAUUCAUUUCCGGUGGGCUAAAACCCAAUCACACACGGAUAGAAAUUAAACGUAAUUCCAUGAGAAUUGGCCGGAGAUGCGUUUGAUAUGCUAUGUACGGCCAGUGGACGACAGAUAAGCCCUUAUUGACGUAAUAAUCAGUAUAAAAUCUGGCACGGGAGAUAUUAUUGUCGAACGGCCAUUGAUCCGUUCAGAUAGCAUCGAAUAACUGUCAGUUCUGCACAGGAAAUCAAUUCUCUUUUCUAAUUUCGAUAUUUGUAUUUCAUUUGAAUCUUACAGGGCGUCACUGCAAAAUCUUCAUCAAUAUUUCGAAAUUAACGUUGUCUUCGCUUUUGGCAUUGUUUGUCUAGCGAGACAGACGCUGUGUAAAAGUACAGUACGGAUGAGUGUAGGCCGAGAUAUCGAUUAUAUGACAAAAAUGCAUUUGGAAAAGUGCACGUAUAAUUUCGUGUAUCUAAGAUGUAAAUGAUUGACUCUUGCAUUGUAUAACUAAUUGAAUUUUCUAUAGUACAUACAGAAGGUAUUUGUUGAUAUAUAUGUACAAUGUGUAGUUAACACCAGCCUGUCGUCAAUUAUCGCUGGGAAUAACACUAUGAGAUAAGGAUUUAGACAAAAUUGUUUAAAUAUAUUUCAAGUUUAAGUAAACCUAACGGCCAGGCCGUCACAGACAACUUCACCUCGUUAGAUGUACUAAAAGGUAUACCAGUCAUCGGAGAUAUUUUCGCAUUAUGACUGAAAUAGAUUAAAUGAAAAAGAUGAACAAAGCAUUCAACUUUGGACAUGGAAGAGUCUCGAUUCCAACUCAUAUAUACAUACAUUUAAACACAAGAUUUCAUUAAAAUGAUGAUUAAAAUGCUAGUUAAUUAAAAAGCUAUAUUCGGGUUAUUUUGCCCAUAUAGACACUAUAUGUAAUGUCAUUACAUCUGUAGUAUCAAUAAAGCGGAAUAGGAUUUUCA